UCUGAGGUGGUGUUUGUGCUGGAGAGGACCGUAUUCACUCCGAAUGAGUUCUGCGGAGCUUUCAUAAAGAACUGUGGUCCAUCCGUGUCUCCAUUCCAUGUCAUGUGGAAUAUCACGAUACCGGACAAGAAACCACCAGUGAAGCCGUGGCCAACAAUUCCUGAGAACAAGCCCACUUACAAAGUUCUACACUUGUCGGACAUUCACAUUGAUCGGCAGUACGCUGUUGGUUCGGAGGCGUACUGUCAGCUGGACGAUGCAUUGGGCACUUACGCGAUGUGCUGCAGAAACUACGCUGAUGACGUUUCAGCUUCGCGAACGAAGAAAAAGCCGAUCUACGUACCAGCUGGACCGUGGGGGAUGCCCUACGCCUGCGACCUACCGCACCAAACGUUUGUGGCGGCUCUCAGUCAUAUAAGUCAGGCCCACAAAGACCUGGAUUACAUUAUCAUCACCGGAGACUUCCAAGCUCAUGACUCGUGGGAUUACACGGAAGAUUUGACACGCGAGAAUAUACGCAAUGUAACCGCUCUCCUGCUUGGAUACUUUCCAAAAACGCCUGUCUAUGUAUCCAUCGGAAACCACCGAAGGGUACCUCAAGAUGCGUGA